GAUCGAUACCCCGGCCGAAACAGAGGCUCCGGAGUUCAAGCUUUUUUAGUCUCCGUCUGCCCCGCGUAGCGUGGCGCUGGAGCAAGACUUCACGUAAAAUACAUGUAAGUAGCAGAUACGGGACCCACUAACUCGGUGAACAAAGAGAUCAUAGAAUACACAUAUGUAAUGUAAUAGAAUAACAAGAUCAAACCCUAAGGAUGCUUGAUAAGAAUUAGCUUUUUUUUAACAGGGCCGAGAACGCUUUCCCUCCAAAGUCAUAAUCACCCUCUUCUUCUCUACAUUCUUCCUUUUGUUUUCCCUUCCCUCUCUAUUCAUUCUGCUGUCGGGUUAAACAAUAUAUUGUACCUCUACCAAAUACCACAUAUUUAGGUCGGUAGGCAGGUAUGGUUAUAUGUUUAUAAUUUAAAUUAUAUAUUAUCCGGGACGUCUUCCCGCUAGGAUAUAUCUUCGGAGUAUCAUAUAUUCUAUAUAUUCGACAUCGAUCAUAUUGAGCAUCGAGACGCAAAUUCAAAACUCGUCAUAUCCGGUAAAUCAGGGAGAAAGGAGAGAGAGAAGAAAAAGAAGGAGGGGGUAAUAGAGGAAAGUAGGGAAAGGAAAGGAACUUGGUCCAGGACCAGAACCAAGCUAGUCGAAGGAAAAGGAAAACUAUGGGUGAGAUCGAAGAACGAGGUCGGCGCCACAGCAUCAUCGCUCAGGAUGCUGCAGCGCUAGCGCAUCUUGGUCACAAACAAGAACUCAAGAGAAAUUUCUCUAUGAUCUCUAUGCUUGGGCUCGCCUUCGCCAUCCUUAAUACAUGGACCGCCCUUGCUGCUUCUAUCUCCCUCGCUUUGCCCUCAGGUGGACCCAGUUCUGUCGUCUGGGGUCUCAUGGUAGCAGGUAUCUGCAAUUUGUGUCUCGCCGCUUCGUUAGCUGAAUUUCUUUCCGCCUACCCAACUGCCGGAGGACAGUAUCACUGGGCCGCCAUUGUCGCGUGGAAGAAUUGGAGCAGGAGCAUCAGCUAUGCCACUGGUUGGAUUAACGUAAGCGGGUGGGUCGCGCUGACGGCCACGGGGGGGUUGCUAGGGAGCACAUUCAUCAUCAACAUCAUCUCGCUACUGCAUCCUGACUACGAGACCAAGUCCUGGCAUCAGUUCCUAAUCUACAUCGGCUUUACCUUCAUAGCGCUCUUUAUCAAUGCCUUCUCGACGCGAUUAUUACCCUUGUUCACCAAGGCCGCUUUCUUCUGGAGUCUGACAGGGUUCGUCGUCAUUAGCAUAACCAUACUCGCGUGCGCAUCGCCAAACUACCAAAGCGGUGCCUUCGUCUACGGCGAAUUCAUCAAUGAGGUCGGAUGGCCCGAUGGCGUGUCUUGGCUGCUAGGAUUGCUACAGGGCGCAUUCGCGCUCACCGGUUUCGAUGCCGUGGCUCACAUGAUUGAGGAGAUCCCGCAACCACAUAUCCGUGGCCCGAGGAUCAUGCUUUACUGCAUUGGUAUCGGCAUGGGAACAGGCUUCGUGUUUCUAUCUUGCCUACUGUUUUGCGUCGACAACAUCGACAACGUAAUCGAGUCUAGCGCUGGCCCUCUACUACAAAUAUUUAUGGAUGCCACCAAAAGCUCCGCGGGCAGCGUGUGCUUACUAAUGUUCCCCCUCGUAUGCAUGCUUUUCACUGCGACGACACUAAUGACGACGAGCAGCCGUAUGUCUUACGCGUUUGCACGAGACCGCGGGCUUCCAUUCAGCCAUAUCUUUGCGCGAGUUCAUCCAAAGUUGGACGUGCCGCUGAACGCGCUGCUCUGGACAGCCGCCUGGGUCGUCGUGUUCGGGUGCAUCUUCCUCGGGUCAUCGAGCACUUUCAACGCUAUCACAUCGGCAUCUGUUGUCGCUCUCGGCGUGACGUACGCCAUCCCGCCGUCUAUUAACGUGCUGCGUGGACGUAGGAUGUUACCGGAGAAUCGCGCGUUCAAGUUACCUGGUGUGGUCGGCUGGAUUUUGAACUUAGUUGGCAUAAUUUGGACAAUCCUGACAACUGUCCUGUUCGUCUUUCCACCGGAGUUGCCGGUUACAAGCGAGAACAUGAACUACUGCGUUGUUGCAUUUGGUGUUAUUUUAAUCAUCGCCAUGGUUACAUGGAUCUUCGACGGUCGCAAGAAUUACACGGGGCCGCAUGUAAGCGUUGAGGGGCUAGAUAAGGGCAAGAUCGAGGGCGUAGAAGCCAUACUGGAGCACGCAACCGAGACUGAUUCAAAAGCUGCAGCAUGAAUAAGCCUAUGGUAAAAGUUCAUGGAUAAUCCAACAUCUUCCCGACGUAACUAGUGGAGUCGGAUGAAGACAGGAUAGGACAACUAUAUACGUGUGCGUGCGUGCGCGUAUAUACAAUAUGCAGUAUUUCUCAAUAAAAUGUAUAAUUACAUAUGUAUAGUAAGUCGCACCGACAGUCGCAAUGGGUAAUGAGGGCGGACUGGUAUGAGAAUACAUACCUUUUGCUAUGGGUGCCACCCCCACAAUAUAGUCGCUCACAUGCCAGUCGAGCCGAGGCAAAGCAAAUAUACCAU